AUGAACAGUACUAGUAGUGAGAAGACCGUGGAAAAACUGCGCAGUGUGUUUGCGGCAUACGGGCUACCGGAAGAGGUAGUGACCGAUAAUAGGCCUCAAUUCACAUCAGCAGAUUUCGAACUCUUUUUGAGUAGGAAUGGCAUCCUACACAGCAAGUCUCCGCCCUACCAUCCCGCCUCCAAUGGCAGCGCGGAACGCUGCGUACAAGCCGUGAAAAAGGCUUUGUUUAAACAAGUGCUGGACGAGCAGAGAAGCGGCCAUGCGAAGUCUCUGCAACAUCGCGUCCAUCAGUUCCUAUUUAGUUACAGGAACACACCCACCGGGACAACCGAUGAAACUCCGGCCCAGCUGUUCCUGUCCUGGAGGCCCAGAACAAGACUGAGUCUGCUGCACCCCGACAUAGAGCAACGAAUAAAAAAGAGACUCGAGCGAACCAAAGAAUACGCAGACCAGCACCGGGGGCCCUGGAGAGAGUUCUCUGAGGGUGACCAAGUUAUGAUAACAGGCUUACGGGCCGGAGAUUCCAAAUGGCUGACGGCCACAAUAAGCAAGCGUGUGAGCCCAGCUACGUAUCUGGUUUGGGUUGGGGGGGAAGAGCGGUACAUUCAUGCUGACAACCUGCGGCCAAGAUCAUUUCAGGCUGACCUGAGGACACCUAACGACUGGAGCAGUUUUCGGACAUCGAGACCGAUACGGCUACAACUGACAAUGAAUCACCUGACUACCAUGACCCGGCACAAGCAGAGAACAGAGCCGCGACACCACGGGCACCUGACCCAGGCCGCAGCAUGCCCAGUGCUGUGA